CGCCGGGAGGAAAAAGGGGGUUCUUUUGGUGUAAAUCUGGACUCUAAUUCCGUAAUAUAUCACCGUACCUCGUAAAACCGACACUGAAACGUCCCGGCCUACAAAUCACCGACCAAAUUAUGAGUUCAUUGUACUAUGCGAAUGCUUUAUUUUCGAAAUAUACGGCCGGAACUUCUGUUUUUCCAACGGGGGUAUUUUCCGAAACAACUUCUUGCGCCUUUGCCUCAAACUCCCAGCGGUCGGGCUACGGCUCUGGGUCAGCCUCUUACGCAGCGACAGUGCCGGGUCUCUACAGCACCGCCAACAGCCUUCACCACCAGACCCCGACCAUGUACACGUCUCCUUAUGGCCUCAAUGCGAACUCUUUUAACGUACACUGCUCCUCGUUCGACCACAAUAUCUCGUCGAUGAUGUGCGGCGCCGGGGAUUCCUGCAAGCAGAGUUGUAGCAAGUCGGAGCAGAGAGAGGUAGACCCGCAAUCCGAGAACUUCCGGAUCUACCCCUGGAUGAAGAGCUCAGCCUCGGACAGGAAGCGGGGUCGACAGACUUAUACCCGGUACCAGACCCUGGAGUUGGAGAAAGAGUUUCACUUCAACCGGUACCUCACCAGGCGGAGACGCAUCGAGAUAGCACACGCGCUCUGCCUCACCGAGAGGCAGAUCAAGAUCUGGUUUCAGAACAGGAGGAUGAAGUGGAAGAAGGAGAGCAAAACCACCAGCCCAACUGACGCAGGCGAAGAAAAGCAAGAAGAAUAA